CGCCCCGCGCCCCUGAGCCGCCGCCGCCGCCGCCGCCGCCGCCGCCGCGGGUCCGAGGGCGCCGCGCCCUUGCCCUGGGCCCGGGCAGUGCCCGCCGCCGGCCGCGUCCCCGCGCAGCGCCGCCCGGCCGGGUGCAUGCAUUGUGGGCCUCCCGACAUGGUCUGCGAGACGAAGAUCGUGGCCGCGGAGGACCAUGAGGCGCUGCCGGGGGCCAAGAAGGACGCGCUGCUCGCCGCCGCCGGCGCCAUGUGGCCCCCGCUGCCCGCCGCGCCGGGGCCGGCCGCCGCGCCCCCACCCGCGCCGGGUCCCCAGCCCCGCGGCGGUCCCGAGGGCGCAGGGCCGCCGGCGGGGCGCGGCGUGUGCAUCCGCGAGUUCCGCGCAGCCGAGCAGGAGGCGGCGCGCCGCAUCUUCUACGACGGCAUCCUGGAGCGCAUCCCCAACACGGCCUUCCGCGGCCUGCGGCAGCACCCGCGCACGCAGCUGCUCUACGCCCUGCUGACCGCACUCUGCUUUGCUGUGACCCGCUCGCUGAUGCUGACGUGCCUGGUGCCCGCUGUGCUGCUGGCCCUGCGCUAUUACUACAGCCGCAAGGUGAUCCUGGCCUACCUGGAGUGUGCACUGCACACAGACAUGGCUGACAUUGAACAGUACUACAUGAAACCACCUGGCUCCUGCUUCUGGGUAGCUGUUCUGGAUGGCAACGUGGUGGGCAUUGUGGCCGCACGGGCCCAGGAGGAGGACAACACGGUGGAGCUGUUGCGGAUGUCUGUGGACUCACGCUUCCGCGGCAAAGGCAUUGCCAAGGCGCUGGGCCGGAAGGUGCUGGAGUUCGCUGUGUUGCACGACUACUCCGCGGUGGUGUUGGGCACCACGGCCGUCAAGGUGGCUGCCCACAAGCUCUACGAGUCACUGGGCUUCAGACACAUGGGUGCAAGUGACCACUACGUGCUGCCUGGCAUGACCCUCUCGCUGGCCGAGCGCCUUUUCUUCCAGGUCCGCUACCACCGCUAUCGCCUGCAGCUGCGCGAGGAGUGACCGCCACCACCUGCCCUCCCUCCACCCGUCCAACCCGUCCACCUGUGCCCGCCUGCCCGCCGCCUGGUGCGGCCCUGCUUUCAGACGCUCACCUUGGCAUUUGUGUUGGGUUUUCCUUCCUCGGCAUCACGUGGUUAUCUGGCUGGUCCUGGGGCGUGGGGCUACUGCUCUCUGUGACACCUUGGUGGGGUGGGUUAUCCACAGCCAUGGCCCCUUGCCCUUCCCAGCCUACCAGGGUGACUUGCCACACCUGGAGGAGUGGCUUGGUGGGCCACCUAGACUGCCCAGCCUGCCUCCAUCAGGGAAGGCCUAGCCUUGCCCACCAAGCACAGAACCUCUGCAACAAAGCCCCCCAAGGAGCAGAUCCCUGGCCUCCAACCGAGCUACGGCUCAGCCGUCAGUCCUGGGAAGGGUGGUCUGCUGGGCUGGCUGGCCACUGCCCCAUGGGAGGCAGAGCUGAAUGUGGGCCCUGCUUUGCUCUGUGCAUGCUGAGGAUGUGGCCUGGCCGCAGCAUGCCGCAUGCCACAGCCCCCUGCCCUGCUGCCCUGCCCAGACUGGACCCCAGGACCGAGCUGGUGAGCACCCCUGUCCUGGCCUGAGCUCGCCUCCAGAGGGCCUACCCUAUGCCCACUCUGCCUGCUCUUGUGGGGCCUGGACUGCCCCCACCAGCCUGCUCCAUCCACCCCUGCUUUGCUUUGACAUCAUCUCAGUCUCUCUCCUGCUGAUCCAUCUACCCCUCUGCCCGGGCUUGGCUGACUUAGCAGUCACCCAGGUGUGGUUCCUGUAGCAACCCACUGCACAGUGUGGCAGGGGUCGGUGGGGGGACACCUCUCCCCCAGCGCCUGCUAGAUCAGGUGGCCUCUCCCAGCUGCCUGAGGCCCUCCUGCCUCAGCUGUCCAUCAGGGUCUGCCCUGUGAAUCUUGUAGCCCAGGCUGCUGCCGGCGAUACCCAGCCACAGCUUCUCCCAGCCUGAAACCAACCCAUUUUCUAAUAAGUUACUUAGACAGAAUAGCACUCUGCAUGACUAAUUCUUGGGACAAACGGUAGCUUGUACCUUCAGACACAUGUCCGUGUGGUGCUAGCACAUGCACUGUUUCUGGCCCCGUUUGAUGGGGGUGGGUGGCCGGGUAGGUGGAUGCUUCCACAGUUUGAAAUUUGGAGGGAGACUCUGAUUUAAUGUGAUUUCCCCCUAAAGAGCAUUCCUGGUUUGUGAGGAAGCUCCAGGCCGCCCCUUCCAGCCCUGGUAUGCAGGAUGGAAGGGCAGAGUGAGUCCCUCAGCCUCAGGAGGAGGGGCUGGGCACUGCUGCAGGAGUGGCAGCAGGUCCUGCAGCCUGGCUAAGGUCCUCAGCUCCGGGCACUGUGCUCCCAGCCUCUUCUCCAGGUUGGAUUUGGGGACUUGCCUGAGUGGUGUGUCCUGGGUUGGGGAGAGGAAGCUGGUAACUGGAAGAGCCCACGUGGCAGCCUGGACCUGACUUUGGUGGCAAGAGGGGUAUAAAGGCCCACCCAGACUUCUUUGGGGCUUGAGGGAGAGGGGGAGUGACAGGUGGGGCAGGCCACUGGGUGGAUUGAUGUCCCGAGGGGCCUUUUGUCCUGUUAGCAAUUGAGCAUUUGCAGAAUACUGUACAGACCCCGCUCCCUGUACAUCCCUCCCUGGUGGUGCCCGGUCCCCACUCGGGGUUGGGAGUUUUGUAGACUGUACAGAAAUCGGGCCCUAUUUUCUUGCAGCUCUCAGAUUUUGUUAACCUGGAUUAUACAGACAGACGUAAAGUGUUUUAGCAAAAUGGAAAACAAACAGUUGUGCCUUUUUCCUCUUUGUUUGGUCUGGUUGCUGGGGCUGGUCUUGGGCUGGUCUUAGUGGGGCCCUUGGGGCUGCUGGCAGGUCGGAGGCCUGGGGGACAGGAAGCAGGCUGUGGUGGAGUCAGUAUGUGCUUGGUGGGCAGCUCCACCGGCUUCUCCUGUCCUGUGCCUUUGGGAGCCUACAGUCUUUGGGGUCAGGGUAUGGGAUGGGGUGCUGGGGCCCACUCAGGCCAGGGCAGAGCCUGGGGUCCUGGGGCUGCCAGUGUCUCCUUGAUGAGAUGAGUGGGCUCACAACCUGUCCCCCACACUCCAGGGGCUCAGAGGGUCCUGGGUGAGGGGUGUGGCCCUCCUCACCUGUUGGCCAGGCUCCCUGAGGGGGUGUUUUCCUGGCUGCACUGCCAGGUGAGCGCAGGGAUGCUUGCUGGGUUCUUGACUGUUCUGUGCUGCCCUGUGUUGCUGCCAGGACUUGGUAGAGCUGUGGCAGGAGGAGGGCAGGCUCAAGCUGCACCCAGGUCAGAGCCCUCGUCUGCCCGCUGUGCAGCUCAGCAGGCCUGGAGGCCGUGGGGCAGAAUUCCUGUCCCUCUAGGCUGGAAGCUGGGCCUCUCCCCACCUGCCUUAUCCCUCCAGCCUGAGCAUCACUGCUCCGCAAAUGUGCACUGACAUGAAUUUUAUACGUUUGUAGAGAUUCUGAUGUAUCUUCUACCUCUGUGGAGGCCCUCCUGGGCCUGGCUGCCAUGUGUCCAGUGUGGCUCCCCUGAGUUUGCUGGCCUGCUGUCCCCCUCCCUCAGGCCUCCGCCCACCUCAGGUGACUGGCACCCACAUUCUUGGCCUGGCGAGGUGUGGGGAAGGCUAAUAUGCUUUUGGCCAUUCCCAUGGGAAGGCCCUGUGCUCAGGGUCUGGGCCACCUGGGGUUUCUGUUGUGUGUUUGUAGCCUGGUUGUGGAGCGGGGAGGGUGAAAGGUGGAGGAAUGUUUUAGAACAUCAGCAUUAGACAACCUAUGGCACAGGCCUGGUGUGCAGCAGUGCCUAGUGCCAAGCACGCGUCUGUGCAGACAGCCAGCCCCUAAGGUGGGUGACCAGGCAGUGUGCCUCAGCACAGGGGGUCUGGCCCCCAGAAGGGCUUUGGGAGGCUCUGAGUGUGGGGGCUAGAGCCAUCGCAGCCAUGGUGGCCUCCCCUGCUACCUACCCCCAUGCCCAGUCGUGGUUCCUGCUGUACUGCCCUGGGCAGGCCAGCAGCUGUGAUACCUCUGGCUGGAAGGGCUGAGGGAUGGGGCCAGCCUGGCCUGAGCAGGUAGUUAGCUGGCUCUGGGAGAGAGUUCCCGCUGGGAGGCCUUGUGGACAGCAAGCCUGAAGCUAUGGGUCCUGGGCCAGCCCCAGGCACCCUUCCUCAGGCAAGGCAAUAAGAGUCCACAGGCCUUAGAAGGGAUGGAGCUGGGGACACCCUGAGGCGAGCUUCCUAAGCUGUCUGCCAGGUGCCUAGGAAGCUCUCUGGGCCAUAAGGGCCUGUCUAGCCUGUAGGAGGCACACUGCCCCUGCCCAUCCCUAGUGCCCACAAGCUCCCCAAUCCAUGGAACUGGAUUCCAGCAUCGUACCUGGGGCCAGAGGCCUGGGAACAUGGGUUUCUGGGCAUUGCUGGUGCAGGGACUUCUUGGGGACUGAAGGUGGCUGCCCAGCCAGGCAGGGGGAUGUGUGGGCAUCCACAGUGUUACCUUCCUGCCAGAGCCUGAGGGGCGGCUGCCUCCCCUGUGCUGGGCACUGUUACUGGUCCCGUGUGCUCCCUGCUGACUUGCUGAAUCUGUUGGAAGUGGCUCCUGUGAGUCAGUUCUGGUCUCGGGCUGUGUUCCUGCGGGUGGUCCCAGAAGUGCUCCUGGGAUGAGCUGAGGCCACGCGUGGAGCAGACCCUGAAGCGCGCUGUUCCUUGGUGCUGCCAUCUCUGCUCCCAGUGGUGACAUGUCCACAGAGCUACCCUGGCCUGGGUGAGGAUGAGCCCUGACAUUCCAUUGUUGGAUUUUUUUUUUUUUUUAAACAGCAAUAAUUAGCCAUUUUAAAGAAGGAGUGUACCUGUGUGUGUAAACGUGCAUGCCUAUUUUUGUGCGUGUGUGCACAUGUAUGUGUGAGCAUGUGCAUGAGUGUGUAAGCACCAUACACAUGUACAUGUAUGUUGUGUGUAUGGUAGCAUGUGUGUAUGCGUGUGUGUUCACAAACAUCUCUGAGCAGGUGCGCGUGUGAGCACGUGUACAUGUACACGUGAGUGUCUACACAAGCACCUGCAUGUAUGCAUGAGUAUGUGUGAGCAUCUUCAUGUUGCAUGUGUCUGUGUGAACAUGUGUGUCUACAUGUAUACAUGUGAGCAUCUUCAUGUGUAUAUGAGUGUGUACCUGUGCAUGAUUGGGCAUGUCCACAUAAGUGUGUGUGCACAUGUGUGCAUGUGAAUGUGUGUGCAUAUGUGUAGUAGUGGGGAGGGCACCAGUGGGAAGGGCCUCCUGUUCUUGGAGGCCUUUGUGGUGGGAAGCAGGGUCCUGUGGCCGCCCCUUGCUGUGCCCACUCCCUUAGUCAGGCUCAGAUCCAUGUGAAUGUAGCACCGUCCCCCUUGGACUGGGUGAGCCUUUCGUGUCCUCUGCUUCUCUGCCCAUCUCCCUCUCUGCUGAGGGAAGGGCAGGGGAGCUGGAGGACCCUCAGACAGGACACUGACUGGGCUUGGUCCAAGUGCAGAGGGCGUGUCACACUGGCAGGUCUCACUGUUGUGGUUUGUUCCUGAAGCUGUACUGUGAGCCCAUGAUGGGGGCGGAGGUGUCCUGAGACCCCGGGAAGUGCCAAAACAGACCCCAGGGUCAGGCAACAAGCCAAGUUCCUAAGGAGACAGGCUGGGGGCCCGAGUGGGUGUGUGUCCCUGCCUGCACGGCCCCCAAUGCUGCUGUUUUUCAAUAAAACCAGAGUUA